GAUACCGUGAUAGAAUCGGAGAGCAUUGGCUGGACGUAUUUUUUAGAGUGUUUCUUAAAAGUCAGUGGGCAAAGAAGGCGCUCGAAACUGGACCAGAAUGCUUCUCAAGUUUGAGCUAUUACUUUUCUAGUUAGAUUAACUUCUUGAUGUUUGCUAGGUUAUUAUACUAUCUCGAAACCUUGAACACCAUCAACACCUUUUCUGUCGAGCUUAGAUUGAGAACUACGAGUGCCCUAAUGGAAAAGGAUGUGGUAGGUUGGUAGCGGCUUUCUUGACUAGUAGAGUCUUCUUUCUAACACGCGUUCAUCAGUUGUGAGCGAGACUUCCUUCUGACACGCGUUCAUCAGUUGUAAGCGAGACGAGCGUUAGACAAUGAAUUCAAUUAAAUGUUAUGAGCGUUACUGGAUUGUGUUUUGUUAUUAAUAUGAGAUAGACCGCCCGACGGUCUUUUCACAAAAAAAAAGAGAUUGGAGUGCUCCAAAAAUCAAUUAGCCUCUUCCUCAUCCAAAAAAAUAAAAAUUUUGUUUGCAAUUUCGUGAACUUUGGAACCCUAGCUUCACUUUUCCGCCUCGGUUCCUCCGCCCGGCCGCCGAUGGAGACGGCGGAGGCUCCUAAAAUCCCGACGACUGCCCAACGGAAAAGUCCGACGCCGGCAACCGAAGAUAGGAUCAGCUACCUGCCAGACGAAAUCCUCGCCCACAUCCUCUUUUUACUCCCAACGAAGCAAGCCGUCGCCACCUCCGUCCUAAGCCGACGGUGGAAAGAUGUGUGGACUGGAGUCUACAAUAUCCAUCUCGAUUUCAGGAACCGUUUCGGAGAAUCGGAGAUCGUAGCCAAUGCUCAGGAGAUUCGAGAGAGGCGGUACCUGGAAUUCUGCCGCUUCGUCGGCACGGUUCUGAGCCGGCACAAGAAUCUCAAUUCUGUAAGGCGUUUCCGCUUCCAUUUUGCAAUGGAUGACGUCGGGUGCAAGGAGAGGCCGAAUUUCUGGUUGCAGAUGGGAUUCUCGCCGGACGAGUCUCAGCUCGAGGUAAUGGAUGUUGAACUUCGAGGGGAUGAAUGGAAUGAGGAUCCCUUUUCCCUGCGUUGGCUUCCAGAGAGCUUCUACCGUUUGAAGCGGCUAGAAAUUUUGAAGCUUGAUGGUGUUACUCUAGAGACUAGAACAGGUUCCAUUUUUCUUCCAAGUGUUAGGAAAUUGCUGCUCCUGAAUGCAGUAUUUAAAUCCUGUGCGGCAUUAAGCAAGCUCAUCUCUGGCUGCCCUGUUCUAGAGGCUCUUCAAAUCGAGGGUUGCAGACACUCAAACAAAGAGGAGAGCGACACACUCAAUGCUUUCUUACCUUGCUUGAAGAAAUUGACCAUUAUCGGCGAUAUCUUAUAUCAUGAUCACUGCAUUGUAAUAGAUGCACCUAGUCUUGAGCAUCUUUAUCUUGACGAAUACCCCGAGCUGCAGCUGUCACAGGACGGCAGUCGUCCAUUGCAAUGCCUACAUUCAGCACUGCUUGAACAGGGUGAAAGCGGGAUCUCGAACCGUGGCUUGACUAGGCUCCUCGCCCAAAUCUCUAACGCAAAGGUGCUGUGGUUGUCGUGGAGAACACUGGAUCUUUUGUCAAAUGGCGUUCGGCUGCCUAUAAUUCCCAAUGACGAUGCUAUUGCUCGGCUGCCUAUGUUUCCCAAUGUGACACACUUGACAAUAGGAUCCCCUGCAAGAAGAAGCACUCUGUACUACUUGCUCAACUCGGUCCCCAAAUUACAAUCUCUUGUCAUUAACUUGGAUGAUGGUUGGGGAAUGUUGGACUGGCGGGGUUCCGAGGAACCUGCUUGCACGCCCGAGUGUUUGUUGUCGAGCCUCGAGGAAAUCGAGAUCAAUUAUCUAGUAGCAGAUGACGCUGAGUUGGAAAUGGGCGCGUGUUUGCUCGAGGCUGGAGUCGCGCUGAAGAAGGCAAAUCUGCACAUAAUGUACGACGAUUCACAUCUUUACGAUGAGUAUCGCCAUUAUAUGAACGACAUCCACAAUCGUCUGGGGUCACUGGUAAAACUAGUAAGAAGCUCGAGAGGUUAUGAAGUUCAUCUUUUCCUUCCGGAUGGCGAUGAGAUCCACGUUGAUAGCGAUGACCAGACCGAUGGCAACGAUGAUGUUGAUGGCAUGGAUGAUGACGAUACAAAUAAUGAUGGCUCGAGGCGAGGGAGGGGAGCCAAUGAACAUUAAGUUGUUAGAAGGUGAACUGAAAGCUCAAACCCUUGGUGGCUGCAAGAGUCAAGACAGAAGAGGAAGGAAGAAUUGGCGCGUGUUUGGAGUUUGAUUGUUUGAAUUGUGGGUUGCUGAUGCUGUGUCGUUUGGAUAAGUUUAUGUUUAGUCCUAUAGUUAUGUUAAGAGUCAGUUGAGUCCUUGUUUGAGUGUUAAGCGGCAGCUAGUCAGGUUGUUAGUGGUAGUUAGUUAGCUGAUUUCAAGGGUAGUCUGGUUAGUGGGAAGCCUGAUCUUACGGCUUGGAAUCAUGUAGUUGGUUUGAAUCUGUUUUCUAUCGAAUAAACUGUCAGUUUGCAA